UAAGAAGGGAAAGAUAAAUCAAAUGUAACAAUUUUUCACCGAGAAUUUAUUCCUUUCUGUCAGUGUUUCCAGGUUUUGAUAAAUCGCUUGUGACUUCUAUAGUAAUAAUCAUACCGGUGAAUUGUAUAUACCCUAUGAAAAUGUAAUUAAAUACGAAUAACAUGAGAAGACAAAUAGAGAAUUAUAAUCGUUCCUUUUAAUAGUACGAUGAUUGAACGAUAGAUGAUUUUGAAGUGAGCGCGCGAAUCCGUUCUCCAGGAGUAUGCAGCCAACAAAAAAGCAAAUGUUUUACCUUCCGAGAUUCCGCCAUGCUACCGCCAAACAAAUCACACUACUCGUCUCGUCGUACGCUUUCCGAACGACGUUCGAAUUGACACACUUCUUUGACUUUAUAUGUGCCACUCAAUCGCGUACACCAUAAAAAUAACGUAAUCCAUCGAUUACUUAAAUACUCCGUCUGAAAUCUUUUAUUUUUCGAUGAGCUACGCAGUUAGACGCGUCCGGCAUUUUUCGUCAUACCGGCGAAAUGCGUCGCGUGGCGGGAAGCGCGACGUUCUAUCGACUUUCGAUAUAUCGUUUACAAUCGCGCGCGCAUUCUCUCCUUCUCUCUUUCACCGUUUCCAUCUCUAUCUCUAUAACCAAAAUAUAUUCAUAACCUUGCUUUUCGAGCGCCCCGAAGCCGUGCUUUAUAAUUAAUAAUUUCGUUGAAGUUGAAAUUAACCUAAUCGUUUAAUCAUCUCUUUUUUUCCGUACAAAUCUUAAUUAAAAAGUUGAUUCAUAAAUGUUCAUCGAAUAGAAUCGUCCAGUGAAGAGAUAACACAAUGCUUAAUGAUCGCUACUCGUAAUAGGUUAUGUAUUGUUUUGAACUUCCUAAAAAGAAGAAUAAGAGUACAGUUUAAUCGUUAUAUUUAUCUUGUAAUUAUUUAAUAUUACAAUAACAAUAAAAAUUUUUGUUGAUAAUUAUUUCCUUUUAAUAUCAUAACGUCAUAAAUCAUAAGGGAAAUAUUUGUACAUAAUAUUCGAAAAAUGUUGUCGAUUAAAAUACCUCUAUAUAUGAAAUUAUGGGCAAAUUUUAACAACAACAAUGAUAUUUAUGGUUUUUUGCGAUUAUGCUCUAUGAAAUAUUCUUUCAUUCAAAAAUCACAAUAUUCAACAAAGAAAAAUGUCGAUGAAAAUAUUGUGUACGAAAUUGAUCCAAAAGUUAUACCCUUAAGAGAUAAAAUAUUGUAUAGCGAAUAUUUGUCUUAUGAAAAGAUUAAAUUGGGAUAUUUAAAACGUUUAAAAUUAAGAAACAAGCUGGAAAAGAUACAAGAGGAAAAGCGAGUAAUACAACAAGUAAAUGAGCCUGUAUUUAGUGUUAUGUUGAAUCGUAUUAAUAAUAUUUGUACAGACUUCAAAACUAAAAAUGAAAUAGAAACACUUUCCGAUCCAGAUGACAGAGAAUCACGUAAGAUCAUACAUAUGCCUUAUGCAUUUACUGAUAGUUUUAAAAUUGUGGAUACGCCUGCUGACAUAGUUAAAAAUAUUCCUAAAGACACGGAUGAUAAAUCAUCGCUUAAUGAAACAUAUAAGAACUUGUAUGAAAAAUAUUUAGAAGCUACAAAUUCAAUACAGAGUGAAGAAAAACCAAGUUUUGUAGAGUACGAAGAAAUUUAUCUAGAAAAGAAAUUAAAAAACUUGCGGAAUGUUGCGCAUAAGUGGAUGGAUGAUUAUGAACAGUAUGAUGAUAUGCAAGAAAAUUCAAUUGAUUGGCUUUAUGGUUCACCUAAUGAAAACACUCAAAUUAGUAGUAUCCCAUGUGGUGGUUGCGGAGCUUUACUACAUUGUAAAGAUCAUACGCUUCCUGGUUAUUUACCUUCUGAAUUAUUCAUAGGUAUAACCGAUGAGGAACUAAAAAAUAUGAUUUGUCAAAGAUGUCACUUUUUAAAACAUUAUAAUACAGCUUUAAAAGUGAAAGUAUCUUCGGAAGAUUAUCCUGAAUUGUUAAAAGUUAUAAAAACAAAAAAAUGUGCGGUUAUUUUAAUAAUAGACUUAACAGAUUUUCCAUGCAGUAUAUGGCCGAAUAUUGGUAGUAUCUUGCAUCGACAUACACCAGUAUUUGUAGUUGGAAAUAAAAUUGAUUUGUUGCCUAAGGAUUCACCGACAUUCGAAAGUCAUAUUAAAAUGUGUAUAUCAAAGGCUAUAGAAGAUGCAGGUAUAGGGCAAAACAAUAUUAAACAUAUAUCCUUGAUUUCUGCUAAGACUGGAUAUGGAAUAGAAAAUUUUAUAAAUAAAUUACAUAAAUUAUGGAGAUAUAAAGGAGAUGUAUUUUUAAUUGGAUGCACAAACGUAGGUAAAUCUUCAUUAUUUAACGAUCUCUUACAUUCUGAUUAUUGUAAAGUGCAAGCUGUUGAUCUUGUACAACGUGCAACGAUAUCUCCAUGGCCAGGAACAACAUUGAAUUUGUUAAAAUUUCCUAUUUUGAAUUUUUCUAAGUGGAAACUUUAUCAGAGAACAUUAAGGCUAAAAGCUGAGAAAGAAAAUCAGCAUGCAAAACAAUACAUACAAAAUUAUCAAUUAAAAUUAUCCCAUAAUAUAAAAUAUGCUACAUUACAAGGAGUUGUUGGUAAGACAUUCACAUCAUGCAACAUCAAUAAUUCAAAGAAUUUGGGUAUCAUUUCUUUAAGCUCUAAAUUUAAUAAAGAUAAGUUUGGAUUGGAUGAAACUCGUCCUGAAUACAAAUAUAGUCGUUGGUGUUAUGAUACACCUGGAACUAUUCAACCGGAUCAAAUAAUGGAUUUAUUAACAAUUGAGGAAAUAAUAGAAACAUUGCCAAAGAAAAUUAUUUCACCUAGAACAUUUAUUGUACAACCAGAAGAAACAAUAUUUAUAGGAGGUUUGGGAAGGUUGGAUUAUUUAGAAGGAAACACGUAUAUUAGAUGUACAAUUUUUGCAAGCAACAAAUUACCUAUUACAAUGUGCCGUGUCAGUGAUGCGGAUUAUUUAUAUAAAGAAUUAUUACACACACAAGCUUUUGUUGUGCCUAUAAAUAAUCCACAAAGAUUGAAAAUAUGGCCUCCCUUACAAUCAAAACAAUUUGAAAUAACAGGUAUCAAUGAAAAAGAAUCUGCAGCAGAUAUUGUCUUAUCAAAUGCAGGUUGGAUAGCAGUCACUCCUAACGAAAAUGAAAAAGUUAAGUUACAAGGUUGGACUCCAUGUGCACGAGGUAUACAUUUAAGAAUGCCAGCUCUCUUGAAAAAAUCUGUUACUCUUCGUGGUGCAAGGGUAGCACGUACGCCAGCUUAUAAAAAAGGAAGACAAGUUUAUGUAAAAGAAUCAGUUUGAAAUUAAUAUUCUUUGAAACUUACUCUGUAAAUAUGUAUAUAAAAGUAUGGUACAUUGAAGAAUGCAAUAUGAAAAAGUAAUACUGUAAUAUAAUACCACAAUACAUAAUAAUAUUGUGGUCUAAGAGAGUUGUAAAACUCUUCUUGUACUGAUACUUAUUUUUUAAGAAAAACAAUUAUUCUAACAACACAGGUUCAAUUUUAAUUACAACAUCACAAUAUAAAAUCCAUGACAGAUUCAUGUCAGAUAGCAAUAUAUGUCAAUUCUUUAUGCAUUAAUUCCUUCAGCAUGCUUUCUUGCCUGUUCAUACAUUCUCUUAUAAAAUUUUUCCAUGUUUUUGUAAAAAUCUUUCAAUUGAUUUUGCCCACAUUUAUAAUAGGUUUCAUUUAUGUUAUCUACCGUUUUUACUUUCGAUUCUAAUCUGCAAAAUAAAUUAUAUAUAUGAUGUUUCUUUCAAACAAUCAUUUAUUAGUAAUAAUUAUCUUACAUAGAUACUGUUGAUUCCUUUUGUCCUGUAUAUACAUUGUUUGGAGAUUGAAUAAUAUUGUGAUUUUUAUCAUUAGAAAACUGACAAGUACAUUUAGAGAAAUGAUGGUCUUUUAACAAAUCUUUUUUACAAUAAAUAUUGUAACUUUGUGCAGUAUUAGUUGGAUUAUUUUGAUUAGAAAAAUAAUAUUUAUAUUUUAAACAAACGGGACAUUUGUCAUAAAUAUGUAAAUCAUUAUGUGAAGCUAAGGGUCUAGAUUUUUGUUCUGAAUAACAUGGUUCACAAUUACAAAUAGAUUUUUUUCCUGCACAACAAUAUUGAUCAUUAGGACAUUGCACUCUUUUAAUAGGAUAUACAUAUGAAUUUAAUUUAUUAUUUGAUUUUUGUUGGGAUCUGUAAAAACAGUAUAAAAUAAUUGAUUAAUAUAAUCAUAUUUGUUUUAUAUUUCUAUUUUUUAUGUGUUAUACAUACAAUUGAUAAUUUUUAUCUGUAAUUAUUCCUUGACUAUGACAAACUCUCUUUUGUCUGAUAAUACCCUUGACUGGACGUUUUCUAUUAAUCCAUGAUGCAUUCUGCAAAGUAUUUUUUUUUUUUUUUAUUUUUUUGUUUUUGUUUUGUUUUUAUAGGAAUUAUGAUUAAUAUAAUUUAAAAUUAAUAAACAGCCUAGUACCUUUGAGUUUAUUGUUUUUGGAUUGAUGAUAUGUAUCCCUGACAUAUUAAUAUCAUCUAUGUUCAUAAUUCCUUCUAUAAUAGUUUUUGUGGACACUUCAAUUUUAGGUGCUAUUAUACCCUGUACAUAUAUAUAUAUAUAUAUAUUUUUUUUAUUUUAUUGGUAAAGUAAGAAUGAAUAUAUAUAAAAAGAUUUGUUAUUCUUACAGGAAAAUAUUUAGUAGGUUCCAUAAGUAAAUCUAUAUCUACACGAGCUAAUAGCCCUUUGAAAUAUGAUGUAGGGUAUAAUAAAUCAACUAAAUUUGUUUCAAAUGUAGCUAAAAUGACUCCUCUACCAGAAGGUGUAACCCAUUGUACUAAUUCUGCAAAAAAAAAUUCUUGUUCCAGACUAUGUUGUAAUUCUGUUAAAGUAACUACAUGAGAAAACAUUUUUUCAAAUGUAAAUUUUUCAUGAAGUAGUAAUGGAAAAACUGGUGCAAUUCUAUGAGACUCUCUAUUAGAAUUAAGAGUAUUAAUUUUUAAAGUUAUUUUUCCAUUUGGACAUAACCAGACACCGGGACAAGAUACCUAUAAAAAAAAUCACUACUUUUAUAAUCCAUUUUGUUUUAAAAAAGAGUAAGGCUUUUUUUUGGAAAAUUGGUGACAGUAAUUAUAUACAUACAGCAUGAAGAUUAAGCUGUAUUUUAACAAAAAAACCUCUUCCUGUCAUGUUCAUUGAAAACUACUUCACUAGCACAAGUAAUUUCAUUGUAUUGAGCAGGAAGAGUUUUAGUUUUUACUUUUCUAUCACCAUUAGUAUUAUCACCACGCUUAAUUAAUUUUUUUUAAUUAUUUAAUAAAUUAUAUCAACAAAAUAUUCUCUUAGACAUUUUUAUUAAGUAAGGCACUUAUCAAUUCUUUAGAAAUUGCCAUUUGUCAGAUGAACACUGGUAUAUGCUAGUAUACAUGUUGCCAGGAAACAGUAACACAACAUUAGUAUUGAAUUUGACGUAGUUGUAAAAUUUAUAUCAAGAUAAGAUUUAUAUGAAAUGUGAAUUAAUCACAGGUACAAAAAUACGAAUUAGCAACGUUCUUAUAAACAAAGACAAAAUUUUAUUUUUAAGUUUUGUGGAGGUAUAUAUAUAUAUAUAUAUUUGUAUGCAUAUAAAAGUAUCAUGUCUUGAAUGGGACACCAGUAAAUCUUUCUACUGGUAGACCUUUCUGAAGGUGUCGUUGAUAUAACUCCUUCUUAAUAAAAUCACAUCCUUUUUUAGCAAAAUGUAAUCUUGGAUCAAAUGAUCUUGGUAUCAAUGGUUUUAUAAACCAUCCAUAUCUACAAUUAUUUCAAACAAUUUAAAAAUUUUUAUUUAUAGUAUGUAAUCGUUUAUAAUUAAUGUUAAUAAUUUACUCCAUAUUAACUGAAGGAGGCCUAAAUUUAUAAAUAUCUUUUGGUUUCAAAGCUGUACGCCUCUCAAUAAAUUUAAUAUAUUCCUCUGGAAUGUCAAAUAAAGAAACAGCAUCGUGACGUGCAUAAAAUUUUCCAGUCAAAGAUUUUAUUUGAUCUGUAAGAACAAAUUUCUCUUGUAGCUUCAAUGUACGACUUUCUUUUUCAUAUCGCUCAACAUAAAAACGCAAUUUAAUAGGAUCCAUAGAAAGGAUCUUUUUGUAAGAAUAGAUAUGAUUAGCUUAACAGGUUCGAUCAUUAAUCAAUCAUUGAUGAAGUUGUUCAAAUGUGGAGAAGAAAAAAAUAGUCAUUCAAUUAUUAAUAUUUAUUUAAAAUGUGUAUAUCAAUAGAAAACACAUACAUAACAAGCGGAAGACUAUGGUUGAUCAGUCAGAGGCUUCUAUACAAACAUCAACUUUCUUUCACACCUUGAUUGAUCUAACCAGCAAUCGUCUUUUCAAAUAUAAGGCAACAUUGCUACAAGGAAUCAAAAUCCUAUUUAGUUUCUCAUACUUUCAAACAGUAUUUUUACAUAUAUCAUUAUCUUUUUAUUUUUUUUUAACAAAAGUUAUUACUUUAUGAAUAACAACAACAGAGUUUUUGUAUAAAUUAUAAGAUUGUUUUGAACAUGUCUAAUAGAACUAAAUAAAUGAGUUUCAUUAGGUAUUUUUAUCCCGAUAUUAUUACAACAACUUAAUAUAAUUUGUUAUAUUUUUUUGUUCGAAUGUACGAUCCAUGACUGCCAAUAUCAUUUAUUUUAUAGUUCUAUAAAUAUUUAAGUCCAAAUAAUAUUAUAUGUAUAUUAUUAAAUUUGAUACAGUUGAUGUUACAAAAAAAAAAAAAAAACAAACGAACUCUUGAAUGUGAAUGUUAUAUACAAUGCCGCACUUACAUAACUUACAAUAUCCUUCAUAAAACAAUGUCACUAUAUUUGGGAAACACAAUGCUAUAUGUAUGCUAUACAGUACAAUUGUAUUGAUAAACUAUAUGCUGGAAUUUUCAUAGUAAGAACGCAGUUGUAUGCUAUGCUAAUUCUAUUUGCAUUUUGACAUUAUGUUAUCAAUCACAUAAUUGAUUUUUUUUUUUUUUUUUUGCAGAAAAGAAGGAGAAAUUGAUCAUUCUAUAAAGAUACUUUGUUAGUGUGCCUUAACACUUUUUUGAUAAAUAUAAGCAUUAAAUAUAUAGAUUGUAUACAUAUAGCUUUUUGUUUAAAGCUAUUAUAAAAAAAAAAAAAAAAAAAAAAAAAAAAAAAAAAAAGAAAAGAAAAAAAAAGGUAAAACACAAAUAUUGACACAACUACCAAGAAAUAUAAGAACUAAAUGAUUAAUAUAACAUUCAUGUCAUUCAUGAUAAAUUUAUGUAACCACAUAAUCGUACUUGCAAUAAAAGAGAGAAUAGAUAACAUUCGAAAAUAUUUUAAUUAAACACGCGCGACAAUUUCAUUUCAUUUAACAAUAUUUCUUUCUUGUUACUUCAUCAUGUAUAUUGUCUUUGCAACAGAGCUCUUAUCAUACAAAGAAGCUUGAAAUAUAUAGAUAAAAUUACUUAAAAUAGACUUGUUAUAUAAAAACAUUAUAACAUUAAUUAUUGCUUUCACGUUUAAGUUUGAUACAUUACUUUACACGGAUGAUAUAAAGUUUAGUACUUUAUUACUCUUUCAGAAUUUAUGCUCGAAAUAAUAAUAUAUGUUAAACGUGAAAGCAUGUAUUUAUAAUAUAUUCAAAUAAAACUUAACAUUGUUGGUACUGAUUCAUAUAUCCAUGAAAUAUUUAAAAGCCUAAUAAAAAUUUCUCUAAAAUAUCGCAUAAAUUACUUCCAUUCUGGAUUAUUGUAAAAAUCUAAGACACAAAUAGAUGGAUACAGCAAUUGAAAAAUAUACUUUUUGACUGGAUAAAAAUAUAUAAUAUAGAAGGAUGCUCCUUUCUUUCUCUCUCUAUUGUUCCUCAUAUUAUUAAUAAUCCUUUAUUCAGUAUUAUGAAUAAUUGAUUGCAAAUCUGAUGAAGUUGAAGGCAUAUUUUUGGAUUCACUAGUACAUUGACUUGUUAUUCUGAAAAACAAAACAAUUGUCUGUAGUAUAUUUAAGGUAAAAAAUAAUAUUUUAUUUUAAAAAAUUGAUUAAAACUUAAAAAAAAUCAUAUAAA